AAAUGUCAUGUCAGUGUCAUUAUAAAAAUCGCGAGUGGCGGGUGUGCCAUAUUUUUUCAAAUUUUCGCGUAAAAAUUUAUAUUUUUCCUUUUAAUUUGUAUUUUAAUUCAAUUGAUUUGAUAUUUCUACUGUUGUUAUAUAUAAAAUAAGUUUGUAGGCGUUGAAUAAAUAUGUAAAUUGAAUUUCAUUGCGUAAUGAUGUAGGUUAGCUGAACAAGCAACACAAAACAACUUGUUCAAAUAAUAAAAUAUUGUAACAUUAUCUAGAGAUCUUAAUCUUUUUACAACAGCUUGUAAAAUGGAGAACCCAGGAAAGGUUAAGACUCCUGCGUCAUAUGUAUCACCAUUAUUCGCAGGUGCUACAGCGGGUCUAUCUGUGGAUGUGACCCUGUAUCCUCUAGACACGUUGAAGACUCGGCUGCAGAGCCAGCAGGGGUUCUAUAAAGCUGGCGGAUUCAGUGGAGUCUAUAGAGGUCUAUUGACAGUAGCCACAAGUUCUAUGCCCACUAGUGCAUUGUUCUUCGCGUCGUACGAAGCCACGAAGACUCUUUGCCAACCGCUGGUGUUGCCACAGUAUGCCCCACUGGUCCACAUGUUCGCGGCCAGCGUUGGGGAGACGAUCGCAUGCCUGAUUCGCGUUCCCACUGAGAUCGCGAAGCAAAGGAAACAGACAUACACCGGCACAGAGAAACGCAGCAGCAUUCGAAUAUUAUUACAUGCUUUCCGAACAGAAGGUCUUCGCAAGGGGGUCUACCGAGGCUUUCUAUCCACAGUCGUCAGAGACCUGCCUUUUAGCUUUAUAGAGUUGCCGAUAUGGGAGAUGUUGAAGACUGCUGUCAGAGAGAGAAACGACGGGAAAAUUACCAGUUUUCAGAGUGCACUAUGCGGCUCCAUAGCCGGCGGAUUUGCAGCCGCCGCCACCACUCCGCUAGACCUCGCGAAGACACGUAUAAUGUUGGCGGAAGACUACGCGGCGACCAGAAAACUCCGCAUAAGGCCGGUUCUAUCAGACAUCUACCUUCAGUCCGGCGUGAGAGGUCUGUUCGCGGGUGUAACGCCAAGGGCAACGGCUUUUAUGUUCGGGGGAUUCGUUUUCUUCGGCGUUUACGAUUAUUCUAAGUCACUUUACGACACAUACUUACAAAGAUAGCAUAGUCAUAACAUAACAGAUAGGCAUUUUGUUUCAUACGUUAAUUUAAUAGCGUUGAUAACGUUAACUGUUAGUAAUUGUUUUAGCGAUAAAACGUUAUAACGGCAUGUUAUUAUAUCAUAACGGACCGUUAUAACUUUACAUCGUUGUAGCGUAAGUAACAUUAUUUAUGCGUUAAACGCAUAUAAUGUUAGCUGAUAAUUACAAUCAUUCUAAAUCACUAUUGGACGCAUACUUCCAAAGAUAACAUAAUAGGUAGAUAUAUUUUUUUAUAGUUUGACUUUGUGCUGAUCUCAGCUUAGUUUAUAAACGAAAAUUUGACGCACUCAAAUGAUUUGACCUGGUCAAAUCACACGGCAGACAGAUGGACAUACAGACAACGAAGUGACCCUAUAAAGGUUCCCUUUUUUCUGGAGUUACAGAACCCUAAAAACACGCACCAUAAUCCUUUUUCCUUUUGAGGCAAGGAACCCUAAUUAUUUAUUAGAUAUAACCCUGAAAAGACGUGUGUGUCAUAAUCCUUUUUUCUUUAGAGGAUUAAUUAUCACAUAUUAAUCCUAAUUAUUCUUUGACCGCGUCAAAUGUUUCGUAAUAUCUUUAGCUACUUUAUUAUUACUUGCAUAGUGAUAUAUAAG